UGGAGUCUCCCUCUGGGUCGUCUAACAAGAAGAAGUGUUGCAAAUGGUGGAAGUGUUGUGUUAAUUCCUUCCCGUCAGUUUUAGUUGAUUUAACGUAUAAUGGCGACCUCAAAAACUACGAACACGUAUAACAGACAAAACUGGGAAGAUGCGGAAUUCCCGAUACUUUGUCAGACCUGUUUAGGUGAUAAUCCGUAUAUCCGUAUGACAAAGGAGAGGUAUGGCAAGGAGUGCAAGAUAUGCAUGCGACCAUUCACCGUGUUCAGGUGGUGUCCGGGGGCAAGGAUGCGAUUUAAGAAGACCGAGGUGUGCCAGACAUGCAGUCGACUGAAGAACGUCUGUCAAACGUGCUUGCUGGACUUGGAGUACGGUCUUCCUAUUCAAGUGCGCGACGCUGCACUGAAAAUUAAAGACGACCUGCCUCGCUCCGAUGUAAAUAAAGAAUACUACGUGCAAAACAUCGACAAUGAGAUCGGGAAGAUCGACCCUACGACACCGGCCGGUGCCGUCGGCAAGUCUGCCGCGGCUAGCGACUUGCUGAUGAAGCUAGCUAGGACCAGUCCGUACUAUAAGAGAAACAGACCCCACAUAUGUUCCUUCUGGGUGAAGGGUGAGUGCAAGAGAGGCGAGGAGUGCCCUUAUCGGCACGAGAAACCAACAGACCCGGACGACCCGCUGGCCGACCAGAACAUCAAGGAUCGUUACUACGGUGUGAACGACCCGGUGGCGGACAAGCUGAUGCGACGGGCCGCGGCCAUGCCCAAGCUCGACCCGCCCGAGGACAAGUCCAUCACGACUCUGUACAUCGGCAACCUAGGGGACGUGCUGACGGAGAAGCAACUGCGCGAUCACUUCUACCAGUACGGCGAGAUCCGCUCGGUGACGAUGGUGCCGCGCCAGCAGUGUGCCUUUAUUCAAUACACCCAGAGAACCGCCGCCGAAGCAGCGGCCGAGAGGACGUUCAACAAGUUGAUAUUGGGUGGCAGACGGCUCACCAUCAAGUGGGGCCGUUCCCAGGGGAGGCAGACCGUGUCCGCGGCGGAAGCUACGAGGGAGAUCCUGGAGCCGGUGCCGGGCUUACCGGGAGCGCUACCACCGCCGCCCGAGGGUGUGGCCAACAAUUUCUUCAACCUGCAGACCACCACCGGCAUGAUGCCGCCGCCGAUGAUGAUCCCGCCGCCACCGGUCGCCCCGCAGUUCAUGUUCCCGCCGCAGAUCGCGGCCGCAGCCGCCGCCGCCGCCACGCCGAUCUUCCCUCCGGGAACGACUCCCAUACAUUAUCCGAGCCAGGACCCGUCCAGGAUGGGCGCGUCCCAGGGCAUAGGCAAGCCUUGGCCGGAGGAGUAGUUCCAGCCGCGUCGAGUUUUCACUACUGUAACUGUAACAGCAACCUGAAGAGAAAUAUAUAUACACGAGUGUGCUUU